AUGACCGAUUUCCGCCACAACAGCUGGGGUAAUCAGCAGGCAGCUUUUUCGCCCAUGGACCCCUCUUUCCAGUGGGACUAUCCUGCCGUGCAAUCGCCAAAGAACAUGCUCCUGCAGCGAGCAGCAGACUUCUACGCCAGUCUCGAUAACUCGUUUGAGUCGAUGUCGUCAUCGGGCUCGGACAGAUCCUAUCGCGCGAGCCCCGACCGCCGGAUAUCCUCUACUGGCAGUGUUGUCGCUCAGGUCAAGAGCUCCAUCCCAGACAAGAUCGAGAGACGACGAGAACAGAACCGUUCAUCGCAACGCGCUUAUCGCGAGCGCAAAGAACGCCACCAGAAGGAACUGGAGGAGCAGAUAACCCAGUGGCAACACAAGCACCAGUUACUGUCUCGCUCUUAUUCGGAACAGUCCGAUGAGGUUGCCAGGCUCAAGGCCCAGAUUGAACAGCUCAACAGCGAAAUUUCCAACUUGCAUACCGGCCUGCCCAGCCUCUGUGGCUCCCUCUGCCAAUCACCCCAGGAAUUUGACCUGGUCCCCUUCUUCAACAACGAUAUCUCGAGCGCUCAGAGCACACCGCGCUUAUCACACGCAUACCCUCCUCGCCGAUGA